AGGCCCAGAUCUUAGAGAAAUCCAAGACAUUGGGCCUCAUCCAUUUGGCGGUUUUUGAAUUGUCGUACUUUCCAUUCUCUUGGGGCGCUAGCAUUUCCUUCCACCGAAUUGCGUUUCCCUUCUCUCCUUCCUUUACAGCUUUACUCAUUGACAGCAGCAGAUCGAGCGAGCAAUUCGCCUUGAUCGGCGUAACGGAGCGUUUCGUCCACACUAUCGUCGUUUUCACGAGUGGAUAAUCACAGAAAAAUGCCUUCACAAAAGAUUGAAACUGGUCAUCAAGAUGUGGUGCACGAUGUUGCUAUGGACUACUAUGGUAAGCGUGUUGCCACGGCCUCGUCUGACCAUUCCGUUAAGAUUAUUGGGGUCAGUAAUGCAGCCUCUCAACAUCUUGCAACCUUAACCGGCCAUCAAGGACCUGUUUGGCAGGUAGCCUGGGCUCACCCAAAAUUCGGGUCUUUACUUGCUUCGUGUUCUUAUGAUGGGCGUGUGACAAUAUGGAAGGAGGGUAACCAGAACGAGUGGACCCAAGCCCAUGUCUUUGAUGACCACAAGUCUUCUGUCAAUUCUAUUGCUUGGGCACCUCAUGAAGUGGGUCUUUGUUUAGCAUGUGGUUCCUCUGAUGGAAACAUCUCGGUUUUCACUGCAAGACCAGAUGGUGGUUGGGACACCUCUAGGAUAGACCAAGCUCACCCAGUUGGUGUAACUUCUGUCUCAUGGGCUCCCUCAACGGCGCCUGGUGCUCUUGUCGGUUCCAGCUUGCUUGAUCCUGUUCAGAAACUCUGCUCUGGUGGUUGUGAUAAUACUGUGAAGGUGUGGAAGCUCUAUAAUGGGAAUUGGAAGAUGGAUUGCUUUCCAGCUCUUCAGAUGCAUACAGAUUGGGUUCGUGAUGUCGCCUGGGCACCCAACUUGGGACUUCCAAAAUCUACAAUUGCAAGUGCCUCACAGGAUGGCAAAGUCAUCAUAUGGACUGUGGUCAAGGAGGGGGACCAAUGGGAAGGCAAGGUUUUGAAUGAUUUUAAGACUCCUGUCUGGAGGGUCUCCUGGUCGCUGACAGGAAACAUAUUGGCCGUGGCUGAUGGAAACAACAACGUGACAUUGUGGAAGGAGGCGGUAGAUGGGGAAUGGCAACAGGUGACUACAGUUGAGCCAUAAUAUCCAUAUUCUGAAUACCUAUGCGCUCAAAAGUAGUGGAUUCCAUUCUGAAUGUAGUAGGUAUUUUUGUUUCCUUACAUUAUGAUAUAUGUUAGAAUUUUUGCUGACAUCGUUCAAUGUUUUACUUAUAUACAUUUGAAAAAAAAAACACUGUUGAAAGUUUCAAACUGCGAUAUUUGAUAAAAAAAGCCUAGACUAUCAGGAUUGAAGUGUA